UCGCCGCCACCCCCUCCCCCCCCCCUCCAGCCCAAGUCCCAAUGCCACGAAGGCCAUUAUCUCCACCGCAAUCUCCACCAAUACCACGUGCAGCCCCAGUGUACACCAUCGCUCCUAAACUCGAAGAGCCAACCCUAACAGCGGAUCGUCCAGAAGCCGCAUCCCCGCCACCAGAGCAACCUUCAGCAGUGCCCCAAACUCCGCCUACCACUCUCCAAGUCCAAAAGCCACCCGAGGUGACAGUCAAACUGCAAUCACCGAUUCCUGCGGCCCCCGUAGCUCCCACUGCUUCUCAACCAACAACACCAGCGCUGGCAAUACCUCAACCGAAAGCCCCGUCCCUGCCUCCAUCGCCUUCGCCUAAACCGCCACCUCAGGGACCUUCCCUGCUCCGUCUAGGAGAGGAAACAUUUGCUGAACCUCAACCUUCUCAGUUGGCUCCUGAGCCGCCUAAAGAAACAUUGCCAAAACCCUCUUCUCCAGCUCGGGAGGUAAUUCCGCCGCUCCCAGAAGCGGCACGUUUGCCUCCGCCGCCCACCGAAAAGAGCUUGUUGCAAACUCCCAUUUCUCAACCGCCAUUGGAACCUCCACCUAAAGCAGAAAUCAAAGAUGAAAGUGUCUCCAGGCCUGGAAGUGACAUCGAGGCUCCAGCAAAGCGUGAUGCAACUGCUGACAUAGCCAAGAUUGAGGCGCCAGCUCAGCCGGAGAGACUCGAUCCCAUGAGUACGAAAGCGGUUCAACCCGGCCUGCCAGGUAAAGUAUCAGAAGAAGCUAAGGAAACGAAGAAGGACGAGGAACAAUUCCCAAAACAAGAGAAGACUAAAAGCGAGGACAGCAAAGAAACACUCCAGGGGACACUAACAGCAGGACCGAGCCUAGAUUUGCCGACCAAAGAGCCAUCAACCGUCGCAUUACCAGAAGAGCAGAAGCAGAAGCAUGGAAAGCACAUCAAAGCUCACAAAAGCACACAACUUCCUAAAGCAAGGCACGUUGUUAGUGAGUCUCAUGACAAAACUGCUGCAUCCAGAGGGGACCAAUCUUCCCUACCCAAAGAGAUAAGGGAAGAGAUAUCGAAGCUAGUUCACAACUUGACGACCGGGCAAACGAAGACGACUCUGGAUGAUAAGCCGGUCAGCAUAACAACCAUGGCGGGCGAGAACAGAGGAGCCUUGAUGCAGUUAAUUUCGGAAUCGGACAAAAAGGAGGGAUCAAUCCACAUCCGCCGCGGUUACAAGACCGACCCGGAUGAGAGUCCCGAAGCCACCACCGACACGGAGGAGUCGUCAGAGCAGAAGGGCCCAAAAACUGAACAAGAACCCGAAAUAGAGGCUUUCAUUAACAGCAAUGUCCAAACUCUCAACAACUCCUUGGUGUUCGACAGCUCGAUUUCAGGGAGGAACCCAGGCGUUCAGGUGGAGUUCUCUGCCGACGAUGCAGAAGAGGUCGAGCUGAGCAAUCAGACCGAGACCCCAGAGACCCGCAAGGCUGAAGUUAGUGUCACUCCAAGCGAGAAGCUUAUCCAUGAACCAACCAUAAGGCGAAGGUGCCUGAGAGGCCUCUUCCUGGAAUCAAGCGACUCGGACCAGGAUAAUCCCACGAAGCCUCGGCGUCAUGGCUGCCGCUACGGCUGCGGGGGGCCAACCAAAGGGAAAGAUGUGGACGUCGCCUGACGACGCAGUAGUACCUCUUGGCUGAGACCCGCGCACACGACCGAAAAGGAAGUAUCAGAAGCUUCGGUUCAAUAAAAGUGAUGUAAAUAAAACACGCACAAUAAGCUUGCAGGAUCUGCCACUGAUUCAUGCAAUGCAACCGUAUAGAUCAUAAGCCGAGUGCCUUUGCGUGUAUUGAUCAUAUCAUAGUACCAUCAAACAAGGAUUUCAGGCUUGUUGUGUUGACCCUACAUUGCAAAGUCCCAAGUGUGUAUGUUGGAGCAAGCGAAUGAUAGGGAGUGCAUUGGGGUUUAUGAAAUGCUAAACUUGCUGUUAGUUGAUGAA